GCGAGCUUCUCCGAGAAGGCGCGACGCGUGCCGAACGUCUCGCCAAUGUGAGCGCGCGCUCCCUUCACUCCUCAAGUGGCUUUUCUCGUCGCGGGAGGCGGAGAAAAAAAGAGGAGGGAAAAAAAUCGAAGAAGAAGGAGCGAGAAUAAAACGAUUAGAGCAGAAAAAUUACAGCGUGCUUCACCUAUCACGCUCACCGGACACGCACUCUUCAUUAAUGUGGAUCUAUUUACUGCAGUCACGAUCCAACAUGGAGAGCCUGAGAAUCGUGGGCUUCAGCAUGCUGCUGUGUGUGGCUUUCUCUGAGAUUCUGAAUGUGAAAGAGGAGAUGGUGUUCCUGGGUGAGGAUUAUAACAUCUUGUUGCCAUCAGGCAGCGCUAGUGUGACCUUUAAGCCCAGUAUCGGUCCAGCCCGGGAUAUAGAGCUGAUCAAGGACGGGAAAGCGCUGAGCCCGCGCGCCACACUGAACGAUGCUCAUACUCACCUGAUUCUGGAGAACGUAGGAGAAACCGAUGAAGGAGCGUACAUCAUCAAAUCUGAGCAAAACCCAGACGACGUCAGACAGCUCAAUCUCAUCGUCAGAGAUUGCACAAUGGAAUCGAACGUGAUAUACGGAGGCGACUUCCACAUUUCGUUGGUUGACUCCACUACCCCAGUAACCGUGGGCUUCCGUCCCAGUGCCGUGGAGGCCAAUCAGACGUCUCUUCCCGCCACAGAGCUGCUGAUGACCGAUGGAAGUCUCAAGGAGGGUUACGAAGGUCGCCUCACCAGUAAUGAGCAGCGGUUCAUCCUGAAAGCCGUAACCAGGGCUGAUGAAGGCAGUUACACCAUCACUGACGCCGCUGGCAAAGAGAGCAAGAAGAUCUGCCUUAAUGUGAAAGAGCAUCACAACUUUGUCACAGUGCCAUAUGGAGGCAAGUUUAAGCUGAACCUGCACAUGAACAGCUCCUCCGCCCGCCUGAUCUACUCAUCCGACUCCAGCGGCUCUAACAACCUCAGCUUCGUGAUUAUGGAGAAGGGCGAGGUAAACCUGCCGCCUGAGCGCAACCUGGAGGGCCGAUUCACUCUGGAGGACUCAGUGUGUAUUCUGGAGCAACUGACACCCAGUGACUCAGGACUGUAUCAGGUCACUGAUCUACAAGGCUUCCCCGUGACCAAAAUCCAUUUGGUGGUUGAACAGUACACGCUGCCUAGAGUCUUUGUGGCAGUGAUUUCUCUUGUGGCUUUGCUGGUGGUGCUGCUGCUGGUGUGUUUGGUGUCGUGUUUGGUGAAGGUGCGCAAAAGGGCAGCAAAAGCCAGAGCCAUCGAGAAGAUUGCGAAAAACGCAGGCAAAGAAGAAGGAGAUGCCUUUAGACAGGUGGUAAAGGAAGCAUGCUCUCGUCACAAUGACGAGGCUCCGGCUCUCUCACAAAAAGAAGAUAUUACAGAGAAAUCCCAGAGCACUGAAAUCAGCAUUAAGGGUCUGGAAGUUUCUGCCAAGGAUACAAGCCUUCAUGAUAAGAACCUGGAGACCAGUGACUCAGGAGUAGGCUUCACCACCGCUGGCCUCCCACUGGACAGUGAUACUGAGGCUCCAACAGUGCCCAUUGCAGAUUCUGAUAUUCUAAACUCCUCUGUUGCUUCUGAUACCAAACCUACUGCCAAGCAAGAGUCCAAACUCACUGCGUCUUCAUCUCCCAAACCAGCAACCACCCCUGAGGCUAAGCCAGCAUCUGACACAUCUCUGAAACCAGCACCAUCUCCCGAACCCAAACUCUCUGUAACACCGACACAAGAAACAAAAACGACCCUCUCACCCACUCCCGAGUCCAAACCGAGCUUGAGUCCGACUCCAGACCCUAAGCUCGCAGUGACACCCGAGUUGAAACCUGCAGUUAGCCCUAUUCCUAAUGCCACACCGAUCAUAGAAGUCAAACCAACUUCCACUUCUGAAAUCAAACCACCCCCAAGUCCUGAACCACCAAAAGCGGUGACUCCAACACCCGACUCCGAACUAGCUCCGACUAAAUCCGCAGUCUCUCCAGCUUCUGAUCUCACAGCAACCAAACCUGACGCCACACCAUCUGCCGUGAGUCCAUCAGCAGCAGCUACAAUUGAUGCUCCGGAUAAAAAGCUUGGCCUCUCUCCAUCUCCAGAACCCAAAGCGGCUCUCUCACCAACCCCCGAUGCAAAACCCACCACCAAUGGUACCCUUGAGCCCACCCCAGAUAUAGGAUCUUCUGACGCAAGUGAAAUCCCUGCAAAAACCCCAGAGACUGAGAAAAGCUCCGUCAAAGUUCCUGAGGUAAUCUCGACCGGGGAUCCAGCUCCAGACGCCAGCAAGCCAGACUCCGCCAGUGACGGUGCUCCUGCCUCAGGAGUGGCGGAAACGUCCUCCACCUGAGGUCCAAACCACUGCCUGAUGGCUGCUCCCUCCACACGUCUUUUAACACCGCUGACAAUCGAGAUCUAACAACAAGCAAAAACUCAACAACUUAUUAUCAAAGGAGGGCAACUUUAGUCGACUAAAUCUCACUCUUUACGUACGCAUAACUAACGUCCACUGUAUAUUUAACCCGAAUGAAUUCCUAGUUAAUCACUUUGUAAAAACACAGAGACGUACCACUACAGGAACCACUACAGGUAUUCCAUCGACUGUUUAUCUAAUGCAGGCUGAGAAAGGCUGCCUCUUACAUGCAAACAAGCUGUACAGAUGCAACAUCCAUAUGAUAACUAAAUAUAAUUCCACUGCAUGCAAAAAAAAAAAUCAAGAGAAUGAACUAACUUCAAUUAAUCUUUGAUGUAUCUGGAGAUUGUGGUAGUGAACUGGGUGACGGUGACCAUAGAACCCAAAAGAACUCUCUUCUUCUUCUCCUUCUUCUUGUUCAUACCCCAGAGACAUCAGCUCCGUAAGUUUCUUUUCAAGCAUUAACGAAUAACAUCCACAUCGAUAGGAAUAUCAACAUCAGUGCAUUUAAGAAAAAUAAUCACUGAAGGUUAUAAGGUAUACAGAUCUAAACAUGUUUACCGAGCUGAAAAGAUGAAAUCGUUUACUGGGACUUGAUGCCACUCGACAAAUCCCACAACCUGGAACUUUCUGAUGGACCUGUUUUCUGAGUCAUUCCACUGAAAACAAAAAAAAAUCCUGUUUCACAGACACCGUUUCAUUGGAUUCUUCUCUCCCAACGUCUACACACAAUGCCACAAAGCUUUUCAACACGGGACUGACUUUAAAAAGGUAAUCGAAAAAGAACAAAAAAAACAUACUCUAAUGUCAUAACAUUCCCUCCCUUGGAGUUAUUUCUAGUGUUAGAUACUUUCAAUAAUAUAGGCAAAAAAUAUAUAUAUUUAGAUUUAGAUCUAUCUGGCAUGAGUCUGUUACAGUAUGUGUUUAUGGCUGCCUAUUCUUACUAGUUCUGAAUUGUGUAACGUUUUAUGAGGAACUGCAAGAACGCUCUCGAUUGGGUCCCAAAUAGUUGUAGAUUGAGAUGAAGGGCAGUUACUACAAGGUUUAGGUACUGAGCUUAAUCUUGGACAUAAAUCGGUGCUUUUAAACCCGGAAUCUUAGGGAGGAUUGAUUGAUUGAUUGAUUGAUUGAUUGAUUGAUUGAUUGAUUGAUCGAUUGAUUGAUUGAUUUGCAAAAAGUUUACCAUCAGCUGUCAGAAUCCGUUUACAGAGAUUUCGGGUGCCUCUUGUGGAAUCUGAACACCACUGCCCUUUUUCUAUCGCACCUUUAGUGUAGAAAAGGAAGCAGUUCACCGGGUGGGAUUUUCUUCAAUUUGGGAAAAGGGUGUUGAUCGUAGCUUGUUUACAUGGCGUAACUACAGAAGGUCAGAUUUUCGUAGCGGGCAGAAUUCUCAAACUCAGAAGAUUUCUCCAAUGCCUCUACCUCGUAUCAAACAUCUAAGAGACACUAAGAAGGCUCACUUUACCGGAAAUAAAAAGGUCUAGACUGAGUUUCUGAUUAAAGCACAACAUUUGAUCUCGAUCUGAGGCUUUACUACGUUUUUGAAAACGCCUUCCCUCCCUCCCUCAAUCUUCUCCCAGUGAGAAUGGCUUUGUUCUUUCUAAGUCUUUUACACUCGUAACAGUGUUACGAAUUGAGAUUUUAAAGCCAUACGGUCUUGUAGUGUAAUACGACAUGGCACAUAACGUGAGCGUGUAUGUACAGUAAGCUACUUAUAUUACCCACUCUGGACACCUUGAGCUUAUAAGUUUCUAUCUGACUUUUUUUGAAAUCACUGAAUAUACAGUAUGAGAAGUUUUACACCAAACUGUUGCCUCAGUAUCUUAAAUAAAAGUCAGAUAGAAUCUUAUAUUUCUAAGGUCUCAAUUCUCAAAUGGCUCUGUAAUACGAUUUCUGAUUCAUGAUUACUAGCUGUAGACGUAGCAGAGGGAAACGUUAGCUACCAAUUUUACCAAUAUUAGAGAAUAAAUCUUGCAGUCACUCUUGCUUUUCACUCUCUCCCUCUCUCUCUCUAUCUUUCUCUAACCUAAGUGCUAUAGGCUAUGAGCCACGUUCCUCCCCAAAACAGCUGGUCUGUCAUUUCGAGAUCGAUUUUAGCAAUACUUAAGUGCAAAGCCUAUGCACAUGUGCGCACAUCAGUCAUGAAGGCAGGAGUCCUGCAAGGCAAUGACAAAGGAUAUGCACCAUUGUUUUUUCCACAUUAAAAAAAAGUAUACUUAUUAAUAAGAAUCGGUGAAUUGCACAUCUAUUAUAUAAGCAUGCUCUUAUAACGAUUUAUUUAGUAAAUGGAAUCGGCUCCAGAAUGCAUCACUGAUUUCCGUAUAACUCAUCAAGCGAUCCGAAACGCUAUAUAAUGAAAUAUAAGCUGGAGGAAUAAACAGUAACAGUACAAUAAGUGAAGACGUUCGGUUUAUAUGGCAUGAAUCCACUUGGGAACUCAGUGAGAUUACUGUAGGUUUAAUUAAAGCUUCUUACACAACUUCACAACUUAACCACCACACACCAAAAAUAUACAUAUAUAAAAAUAUAAAAAAAUAAGAAAAAAAAAAAUCCCCAGUAAGUAUAUUCUGUACACUAAAGUGAUUUUCUACAGCAUGGUAGUACUAGUACACUGGAGUGCAUCAGGGUCUACAGAGUGACAGGAAAAAGGGUCAGGCAUGCGUAUCGCUGUUGCCUCUGCACCAGAUGAAGGUUAAGUGCCUUGCUCAGGGGCACAACCGCAUCCAAACAAAGCGGAACGGGAGGUGACCGUUCUCUCAGACACCAGCUCUUAAAACUUUGUAUGAUUUCGCUGCAAAUCCGUUCACUACCCUGUUAACUCUCCACCUUGUCACGCGCUUCACGACGACGCGAAGACACCUGUACACCACCGACGAUCGCAACGCUAGUCUCAACAAUUAUCUAACCUCUAGACGAGUAGUAGUCAUAGUAUCUAAGUGUGUUUGCUAAAAAUGAAAAAAAAAAAACAAAAACAAAUCAAAAAAGAUAGCUAAAGGUAGAGCAUGAACUCAGUGAAAUCAUUUUUCGGAACAAUUGAUAACAUGCAUCCCUUUUGUAAAAAACAAAAAUUGUAUUAAAAAAGCAGUGCUGUUUUGUUUAAUAUUUAGUGUAUGCCCAAAAUAUGGGCGAUAUUUUUUUUGGUUUUUCUCCACACAUAUUUGUAGUGUGUGCGCGGUAUGUGUGUGUAUUCCGUGUUUGGUACUUAUAUGUAUUUACUAUCAGCACCGUGAGAAUGCAUUAGAUGGGUGUGCGUGUGUACGGGGUCUGUGUUUACAAUAAGACUACACUGGAGAAACGAUGGACGGUGAACGCCGCUGGUUGCAGGCAUUUCAUAAGGAAAGCUGCCCCCUGUUUUAAUAUCCCACUGCCCGAUGCUGUUUCUGCUCUCUCUCUCUCACUCUAUCUAUCUAUCUAUCUAUCUAUCUAUCUAUCUAUCUAUCUAUCUAUCUAUCUGUCUAUCUACCUGUCUCUAUCUAUCUCUUUGUGUCUCUCUCUAUCUCUACAUCUCUCUGUCUCUGUCUCUUUCUCUACCUAUCUAUCUCUUUCUCCAUUUCAACCUAUCUAUCUCUCUCUCUCUCUCUCUCUCUCUAUCUAUCUCUGUCUUUCUCUGUCUCACUCUCUGUCUCCUCUCUCUCUGUCUUUCUGUCUCUCUCUCCAUCUCCUCUCUCUCUCUCUCUCUCUCUCUCACACACACACACACAAGCCCUCUCUUUCGAUUUCUCUCGGCUAAUCAUUUGGACAUCAGGAGUGACAGGAUGUGAUGUGAUGUCAUGGUGCAGAUGGAGAUGUUUGACCCGUGAUGUGUCUGAUUAUAGAUUUUAGAGGCUGGAGAUAUGCUUUCCUCUACAGAGAGAAUAGUAGGUCAAAGAAGCAGCAGAUCAUGCACUCGAGCAUUUCAUUCGGUUUUGAACUAAAAGGAUAAUCGCUUAAAGAUAAGAGACUCAUGAUAAGGGGGUAAAAAAAAGGUUGAGGCGUCUGUGCUAGAUUGUGAUUAGGAACUACUCCACAGUCCUGGU